AUGUUGGAUCGAUGCAAAAAACCACCAGCGGAAAAAAAGAAACCUCAUUUCCUUUCAAAUUUCCUGAAUCGUGAUAGGAAAAACCAGCAGAAUGACGUGCCUCGUGUUAUCCACAUACAGCAUUUACCAAAUCCAAAGUUUUUAGGCAAUGAAAUAUCAACUGCCAAAUACAACCCCUUUUCAUUUCUCCCAAAGUUUUUAUAUGUCGAGUUUAGUAAAUCUGCGAAUCUUUUCUUCUUGUUUAUAUCCGGUAUUCAGCAAAUCCCUAAUAUUUCGCCUACCUCACGUUAUACCACUCUCAUUCCACUUAUAAUUGUAUUACUCAUCACAGCUAUUAAAGAAAUCAUUGAAGAUUAUGGCGUACAUAAAUCAGAUCAUCAAUUAAAUGCGAGCCAGUGUAAGAUAUACGACGGAAGCCAGUUUGUAAUCAAACAAUGGAAAGAUGUAAAAGUUGGUGACGUCUGUCGUAUCGAAAGUAAAGAGUUUUUUCCUGCUGAUCUGAUUCUGCUUAGUUCUUCUGAACCGGAAGGACUUUGUUACACAGAGACAAGUAACUUGGAUGGAGAGGUGAAUUUGAAGAUAAAGCAAGCUCUCCCAGAAACAGCAUCCUAUCUUUCUCCAUCUGAUAUAACCAACUUGUCAGGAACCAUUCGGUGUGAACAACCAAAUAACAGGUUAUACAACUAUGAUGGCACUUUGACCUUGAAUUUAGCAGAUGGGAAACAAAAAGACUUUCCAUUGGAUCCAUCGAAAUUGUUAUUAAGAGGUGCUCAGCUACGAAAUACAAGCUGGAUAUAUGCUAUUGUUGUGUUUACAGGUCAUGAAACCAAACUAAUGUUAAACUCGAGUAAAAAACCGACCAAAGCUUCUAAUGUCACACGUAUAACUAACCGAAACAUCUUGUAUCUUUUUACGAUGCUUGUAAUUAUGAGUGUUCUAUGUUCUGUGGGAAACCUAGUAACAUCUACAAAAGCAGGAGAGCAGUGGUCAUAUCUACAGAUACCUGCUACAGAGAGAGCAAGAGAAUUCGGAUUCUGUAUUCUUACAUUUAUGAUUCUAUUCAACAGUUUUAUUCCAAUCAGUUUAAUGGUGACUAUGGAAAUCGUUAAAUUUGUCCAAUCUAUCAUGAUUGACAACGAUCUCGAUAUCUAUUACGCAAAAACUGAUACACCAGCAGUAGCCCGAAGCAGUAGCCUAAUCGAAGAAUUGGGUCAAGUGGAAUAUGUGUUUUCAGACAAGACGGGAACAUUAACUUGUAACGAAAUGGAAUUUCGAGAAUGUUCAAUUGCUGGACUAUCCUAUGCCUCUACUGCUGACCCAGAAAGACGAGCAUCUACAGAGAAUGAUUCCCAAGGCCAAUACUCGUUUAAGAAGUUGGAGGAACAUCUUAAUACUUCUGAAAAUUCUCAUAUUAUUCAAGAAUUUAUGACUUCUUUAAUGACAUGCCAUACAGUGAUUCCUGAGGUAAUUAAGGAUACAGAAGAAAUUGUUUAUCAAGCUUCAUCACCCGACGAGGCUGCAUUAGUCCAAGGAGCAAGUGACAUAUUUGGUUACCAAUUUUAUGCAAGGAGACCCCAUUCAAUCAAUUGUAAAAUUAAAGGCCAAGACAUUCAAUUUGAGAUAUUAAAUGUCUGCGAAUUUAAUUCAACCAGAAAACGAAUGUCACUUGUAUUAAAAGAUCCUGAAGGCAAAAUAAAAUUGUAUUGCAAAGGUGCCGAUUCUGUGAUAUUGGAGCGAUUGGCUUCUGAUGACGUAUUUGAAGAGGCAACCUUGCAUCAUUUAGAGGAAUUCGCAUCAGAAGGGCUUCGAACUUUAUGCUAUGCAAUGCGAGAGAUUCCUCCAGAAGAAUACAAACGGUGGUCAACUGUUUACGAAACCGCAGCUACAACUUUAACAAACCGAUCUGACGAACUGGAUAAAGCUGCCGAGAUGAUUGAAAAAGAUAUGUUUUUGUUAGGAGCUACUGCAAUAGAGGAUAAACUUCAAGAUGGCGUACCAGACACUAUUCAUACAUUGCAGCAAGCAAACAUUAAAGUUUGGGUUUUGACUGGAGAUCGACAGGAGACGGCAAUUAAUAUUGGUUACAGCUGUAAAUUAUUAACAGAAGAUAUGGAACUAUUUGUUUGUAACAAGGAUGACCGUAAAUCAACAGAGACAUUUUUAGCUCGCAGACUAUCUGAAUUGGAUCAAGAUGCUAAUAAAGAAACCGAUGUUCCAUUUGCACAUGCAUUAAUUAUAGAAGGAAAGUGCUUAACGUUUGCGCUCGAGAAAGACAUGGAGCGAUUAUUUUACGACGUUGCUACACGGUGUAAGGCUGUCAUUUGUUGUCGUGUAUCUCCUCUUCAAAAGGCUCUAGUUGUCAAAUUAGUUAAGAAAUUUUCAAACUCUAUCCUUUUAGCUAUUGGAGAUGGGGCGAACGAUGUUUCAAUGAUACAAGCAGCUCACGUAGGUAUUGGUAUAAGUGGCGUAGAAGGAUUGCAGGCAGCUCGGAGCGCUGAUUUUGCAAUCUCGCAAUUUCGCUUUUUGAAAAAAUUAUUACUGGUGCAUGGAUCUUGGGCUUACCAAAGGCUUAGUAAAAUGAUCUUUUAUUACUUCUAUAAGAAUGUGGCGUUGUAUCUCACACAGUUUUGGUACGCAAUCUUUAAUGGAUUUUCAGGCCAGACAUUAUACGAGUCUUGGACUAUGUCUUGCUUUAACGUUUUUUUCACUAUUUUACCACCCAUGGCUAUCGGUAUAUUCGAUCAAUUUGCAUCAGCAAGAUUACUAGACAAGUAUCCCCAGCUUUAUAUGCUCGGACAAAAGAACGAAUUUUUCAAUCAAAAAAGAUUUUGGGGAUGGAUUAUGAAUGCAGUCUAUCAUUCUGCGUUACUGUUUUUUUUGGGUAUGGCUGCGUUUCGACAAGAUGAAGUGUUUGGUCCUGACGGGUGGUCGGGAGGACAAUGGUGGGUUGGCACAACAAUUUUUACAGCCACAUUGGCAACCAUUUUAUGGAAAGCUGCGCUCAUUACUGAUAUUUGGACCAAGUACACUUUUAUCGCGAUUCCCGGGUCAAUGGUGAUUUGGUUUCUCUUCAUGCCGUUAGUUUCCUAUGUAGGACCUUUAUUACCUUGGGGGAUAUUCAUGGAGUACGUUGGAAUUGUCCCAAGACUGUUCGGAAACGUCAACUAUUGGCUGUUCGUAAUCCUUGUCCCCUUUGCUUGCAACUUACGAGAUUAUCUUUGGAAAUACUACAAACGGAUGUAUCGAACAAAAAGUUAUCAUUACAUUCAAGAGAUCCAAAAAAUGAAUCUUCCAGAUUAUAGACCUCGCAUGGACAGAUUUAGACAAGCAGUAAAUAAGGUCAGAAAGAUCCAGCGAUUGAAGCUUUCGAGAGGUUAUGCGUUUUCACAGAACGAUUCGGAUCAAUCAAAAAUUAUUCGGAUGUAUGAUACCACUCAACAAAAGCCUACCGGCUGA